ACUCUUUUUAUCCACAAAACGAUAUUGAACACUAAAAAUAAGCAAAACACGACCCAAAAAGGUCACAUUUGUUUUUUUCUUGUCAAUCAAACAACCACAACCCUAGACAAAAGUUACCAUUUGGGAAUUGAGUUUUCUUCGUAACACCUCAAAGCCUUUACGAUACAAGCAAAUCAAAACCCACUAGAUAACAACACCCUACGAAUUUCUCUCAUUCUUAGGUUCAAUUCCUGUAGGAAGAUGAGCCUGAACUGCCUCACUUGCCACACCCUGCAAAGAUCAGACUCGGACAUAGACAUAGUAAGCCUUAAAGAUUCAAACAUUAAGGGAAAAAACGUAACGUCAGGAUAUGAAAAGAUGGUAAGGAACCGAACAAUGUUGCCAGCGGUGAGACGGGUCAAAAUGGGACAUCGUAGGCUCUACAGCGCAGACGCCGUGGUCUAUAGGGAUCUUGACGAGCCAAAGCUGGCAAGAAGCAGUGGGCUUAGAAGGGAUUGGAGCUUUGAGGAUCUAAAAAAACAAAGAGAUGAGAUAAAAAUUGGAGAGACAAUAAAGGAAUAAGUCAGUUUAUCUCCUUUGUUUCUUCUCAUGUUCUUGUUGUUGUUAACUUAAUUGUACGUUCCUUUCGAACUGUAAGGAUAACCCACCGCCCAAUGUCAAGGUUCAUAUAUGUACAUUCAUUUUCCUAACGAAUUUUCUAGAAAAAUUACCUGAAAUCCAUUAUAAAACCAAACGAAUCUGAGGUCUUCAGAAUCAUUUUCUUUCGUUAGAGAUUUGAAUAUAUACAAAAAAGGAGAUAUUCAGAACUCGUCGAUGAGAUGUUUUCUUGGCGCUUUACAUACAAUUUAGCAAGUCUAGGAAGAUUCUUCUUUGCCGGUGCAAGAUGUUAAUGGUUCUCUACUUGUCCAUCUGAACAGAAGAGACUAUCAGCCGACACAAGUUUGAUACACUUAGAAUAAAAAUGUAUUGAUCAUCAGAUGGGGUGGUGGCGCAGUUGGCUAGCGCGUAGGUCUCAUAGCUAUUGAGUGAUCCUGAGGUCGAGAGUUCGAGCCUCUCUCACCCCACUGUAUUUUUCUGCAUGGCUUUGCAUAAUUUCGUUUUUUUUUAAUGUUCACAUAGUAACUACGAGUAUCAAUCUACUCAUCAACCUUUGGAGUUUAGCACCAUCCAUGUCUGAUCGUUUUUUACAGUACUACUUUAUAGAUCUGCUCGAGAUCUCAUCAAAAGCUCAUAAGUGCUAUCACUUUCAAAAGAUUUUGUAUAUAUUUUGUUUUACCAUAUAUGAAAUUUGGUUUUCUAGAAUUAAAUGUAGAAUUUUUGGAAGUUAAUGACUUAAUGUUAUCGACGGUCGAUUACGAAAUCUUCGAGAUGUCGUUUUUGAAGCAAAUAAUUUUGUUCAAUUUUGUUAUGGAUUUUAAAUCCCUUUUUUUGGUGCAACAUGGAUUUUAAAUCUUUAAAUUAUUGUUUGGAAUGGAAUUUGUUUUAGUAUUUUUUAACACUGAAAGGAUAGUUAUAAUUAUAAUGAACUAGAAACAUUACAGUUCAACGAAACCCAGUAAAAUUACAGAAACCGACAAACCAAUACACAAGUUUUCACAGACUAACCCACAAAUGGAAGAUAAACUGAAACAUAAAACAUGCAAUGAACCUAAACUUAACCGAUCUAAGCUAGAAGGAGUGAAGAACAUAUAACAAAAGAGCACCAGACAAAACCAACAACAAACAAA